AUUUGUCAGAUAACGAUGGCAUCAUCGAACCCUCGUCGCGGUCGUGGGGCGAAUCUGUCAGACCCAUAAAAACAAUUCCAUUCACUCAGUGUCGCGUUCAAAUCAUAACCUGGCCGCGAGUCGCCAAACUGAAGCUCCUCUAUAUACUCCUACCUUUCGUCCUUUAUCUCUCUAUGUCAUUUCUCACAAAGUUCUUCCGCCCAUUCACAAGCAUGUCCUCCGCACCCGCCCAACCGAUGAACGUGCCAGAGGGCGCAAAGGCUGCGACCGUUGCCGCUGGGUGUUUUUGGGGUGUUGAGCACAUGUUCAGGCGAGAGUUUGGCAAGAAGGGGCUGUACGAUGCGCGCGUUGGAUACAUUGGCGGCGAUUUACAGAACCCCGGAUACCGCGCAGUGUGUAGCGGGCGCACAGGACACGCUGAGGCUCUCCAAGUCGUCUACGACCCCACCAAGAUCGAAUACCGCUCGCUGCUCGAAUUCUUUUACAAGAUGCACGAUCCCACGACCGAAAACCGCCAGGGUCCUGAUGUCGGAACACAAUACCGCAGCGCUAUCUUCUACCACGACGAUGAGCAAGAGAAGAUUGCUAAGGAUGUGACCAAGCAGGUCAACGACCAGUGGUGGAAGAGGGGUGUCUCCACAGAAGUCCUGCCGGCCGGGCAGUGGUGGGAUGCCGAGGCGUACCAUCAGAAGUACCUCGACAUUAACCCCGGUGGCUACGAAUGCCCUAGUCAUUUCUUAAGGAGUUUCCCUCCGUUGUCGUAGGUGAUAGAGGACGAGACAUGGCGGUAAAGAGGAGGAAUUUAGACAUUAAAUGUGCCUUUGGCUCAUGAACAUGUUACGGGGACGAAGAGAUUAUAUCUAUCCAUCAGACAUUAUUGCUAGCGAGCU